CUCUGCUGCGGGGUAGGAGAGCGGUGGGGGUGGAGAAGGUUGACGGGUGGAAGGGAAGGGGGGUGAGGGGGAGGUGUGCUCUGUGUUUGGUGAUGUCAUUGCCAGUCCGCAAGCGGUGAAAUUUAACACCGGCCGGAUUUGCUCCGCGGAGUUGGCCGCUCUCCUCCCCAAAGAGAAGCAGCCGGCCGGGGCGGCACUCGGCGCUGAAAGCCUCCUCCUCGCAGUUGCCACCAGCCCCCUUUCACCGACUUGAUUGCCGUUGUGGCGUAUGUGUGUUACCUGCAUCUCCAGCACCGUGGAGUUGGCUUCUGUUUUCGGUUAGCACUUCGCUGCUUGGACAGAUGCAUACAAAUGCAUUUAGGAGCCCACAGGACAAGGCGUGGAAAGGUCUUCCCCACGGUGAUCACGAUCACGAAAGCCCUGAUCCUUUUUCUUACACUAUGUGUCCUAGCAGCUACUGGACAAAUCCCAGCCCAAGGCAUAGAUGUUCUUUAUCAACUAGGCCUUGGAGGCAAAGAUGUAAGAUAUCAACCGGUGGAGAACAUGGUUUUAUCAUCAUCAUCUACCCCAUUACCUCAGGGAGUUCAUGUAGCAGAAACAGGUGUCAUUCUAACAAGUGACUGUCAAAUAGAGGCACCUACCAGGAAAAUUUUGCCAUCUAGUCUAGGACAGCAAUUCACAAUAGUAAUUGGGUUACUCUCACAUAGAGUCAACAAUGCUUUUCUCUUCAGUAUCAGAAAUAAAAAUCGACUGCAAUUGGGAGUACAAUUACUACCCAAGAAAGUGGUGAUCCAUAUUGGUGGGAAGCUAGCAGCAUCUUUCAACUACAGUGUUCAUGAUGAACAGUGGCACUCCUUUGCCAUUGAUAUUCAAGAUACAGUGGUUUCCAUGUCUGUUGAAUGCGGAAAGAAGCAAUUCAGCAAAGACACUCUUUCAAGAGUGCAGGCAUUCAAUGCUGAUGGUGUGUUUACUUUGGGAAGUAUGGACUCCCAUUCAGUCCACUUUGAAGGAGUAAUUUGUCAGCUGGAUAUAAUUCCUUCAGCUGAAGCCUCAGCAAACUAUUGUAGAUAUCGGAAGCAGCAAUGUCGCCAUAUUGAUACCUACCGAUCAGAGACUGGGUUUCCUCACACCACCACAUUGCCAGGCCUUGUACUGGAAAAGUCUCCAUCACACAAGCAGUUUGGUGAAGAGGUACCAUCAGAGUAUAGACCAUUUUAUGAAGGACAGGGAAAUCCAAACUCAGUAAAUAAAGAGGCUCCAUCAGUCCAUAAACUUCGGACACCCUGGGAAUCGUCAAGCUCUUUAACAUCAUCUGUCCCCUGGGGAAACAUCUCUGAUGGUGGUCUCAUGAAACCUGAAAUUCAAGGCACAAAGAUGAUCAUCAAAGAACAUAGCUCACCAAAUUUAAAUCUGUCAGCUCCUUACCACCAACUUAAAAAGGGGACAGUGAGCUCCAAAGAGAAAUUAAUCCAAAAUGUUUCAAGCGAUGAUGUGGGACAUAAAGAAGAAACAACUAGUCUCCCUUUGUCUAAGGAGAGGUCAUACAUCAUCCCUCCCUUUAUGAAAGAGGAUAAAACUGAUCACCUUAAAAAAGAUAACAAGGUUAAUCAGCACACUGAAAAACUCACGGAUAUGUCACAAAUUAUGAAUACAACUUUAUAUCAGAUAACAACUGAACCAUCUGUGGAUAAUAAUCAUAAUCAAUGGAAAGGCAAAGUUGACACGGAUGGUACAUACCACAUUGAAGAUAACUAUGAAACUGAUUUUUAUGAUUAUUAUUACUAUGAGGAUCUGAAUAUGAUGCUUGAAAUGGGGAAUCUGAGAGGCCCCAAAGGGGAUCCUGGACCUCCUGGUCCACCAGGUCCUGUUGGUCUCCCAGGUCCAUCAGGAAGGAGAGGUCCAAGGGGCAUGCCCGGACCACAUGGGAAUCCCGGUUUGCCUGGGCUGCCUGGUCCAAAGGGCCCUAAAGGAGAUCCAGGGUUAUCACCAGGUCAAGCCAUAACCGGAGAAAAGGGUGAUCCAGGACUCUUUGGGUUAAUAGGUCCCCCCGGUUUUCAAGGCAACAAGGGUGUCAAAGGAUAUCCAGGGCCUCCUGGUCCCCGAGGUGAUCAGGGGCUUCCUGGAAUGGCUGGUCUUGCUGGUUCACCUGGUUACCCUGGCAGGCAGGGUUUAGCUGGACCAGAAGGUAACCAAGGUCCUAAAGGUAUAAGAGGCUUCAUUGGCUCUCCUGGCAUGGCAGGACAACCGGGACCUGAAGGAGAAAGAGGAGUUCCUGGACAGCGUGGAAGAAAGGGUCCAAAAGGAAGACAGGGCUUUCCAGGAGAAUUUGGAGAACGAGGCCCUGCUGGUCUUGAUGGGAACCCUGGUUUUGUUGGUGGUGCUGGCCCUCCUGGAUUUCCUGGACUUAGGGGUGCUGUUGGCCCCCUGGGAGCAAGUGGACCCUCUGGGAUUCCUGGGCCAAUGGGUCUUCCAGGGAAUAUGGGGCAACCUGGAAUCAAAGGUGAUAAGGGUGAACAAGGCAUUGCAGGAGAGCCGGGAGAACCAGGGUAUCCUGGAGACAAGGGAGCUCUUGGUUUGCCAGGACCACCAGGAAUGAGAGGAAAGCCAGGACCUUCUGGACAAGCAGGUGACCCAGGCCCCCACGGACCAUCUGGACCACCAGGACCAGAGGGUUUUCCUGGAGACAUUGGCAUUCCUGGACAAAAUGGCCCUGAAGGACCAAAGGGACUUCUGGGCAAUCGAGGUCCUCCAGGACCUCCGGGUCCCAAAGGAACUGAGGGAGAAGAAGGACCAGUUGGACCCUUUGGAGAGCUGGGUCCACGAGGAAAACCAGGUCGAAAGGGAUAUGCAGGUGAACCUGGACCAGAUGGCUUGAAGGGAGAACCAGGAGAUCAAGGACACCUUGGAAAAGUUGGGGAAGCAGGACCUAUUGGUUUACCAGGAGAAGUUGGUACAACUGGAAGCUCUGGUGAAAAGGGAGAACGUGGGAGCCCAGGCCCAGUGGGCCCACCUGGAGAAAAAGGAAUUAUGGGAUAUCCAGGGCCUCCUGGAGAUCCAGGGCCCAUAGGUCCUCUUGGAUUGCCUGGUCAUGUAGGUACAAGAGGCCUACCUGGGCUACAGGGUCCAAAGGGACGAAGGGGACUUAGGGGUCUAGAUGGUCUUCCAGGAGAACAAGGAAUACAAGGUAGUAAGGGAGAAAAAGGCGAUCAGGGGAAAAAAGGUCUUCAUGGACUUAUCGGUAAUGCUGGAAACCCAGGAGAGAGAGGUGCUCAAGGUAAACCAGGUUUACAAGGAGCCCCUGGAAGCAUGGGCGACAAAGGACCUCCUGGAGAACCAGGGGCACGGGGAAAACCAGGUGAUGCUGGUCCUAUUGGAGAGAUGGGUCCAGAGGGACCUCCAGGCAUUGAAGGAGAAUCUGGUCUACAAGGAGAGCCAGGUACAAAGGGAGACCUUGGACCAGUAGGUAAUGUUGGAGCAUCUGGAGAACCAGGAUUAAGGGGUGAACCAGGAACUCCUGGAGAAGAUGGUAUUCAAGGAAAAGAUGGAAUAAAGGGUCACAUAGGAGAUACAGGACCUCCUGGAGAGCCUGGGGAGCAAGGAGAGACAGGUUUACCAGGAAUUAUAGGACCUUCAGGUGGACCAGGAACAAUUGGCCCUUCAGGACCAGAAGGAGCUGUUGGAAAUCCAGGUCAAAGGGGUCGCCCAGGCAAAAAGGGAGAAAAGGGACAACUGGGACCAACGGGAGAAAUUGGAAGCACAGGUGCUCUUGGCCAAACUGGGGAAAUUGGUCCUAAAGGUGCCAGAGGAACCAGAGGUCCUGUGGGAAGUUUAGGAUUAAUGGGACCUGAAGGAGAACCAGGAAUUCCAGGAUAUAUGGGCCAUCAAGGUCAACCAGGACCUCCUGGGUUGCCAGGGCCUAAAGGAGAAAAGGGUUAUCCAGGAGAAGACAACAAAGUUCUAGGACCACCGGGGCCCCUAGGUGAACCAGGUCCAAUAGGCAAACCAGGAGAAAGAGGAGAACCUGGAGCUGAAGGCUAUAAGGGCCACGUGGGUGUGCCAGGAGCAAGAGGAGCCAUUGGGCAACAAGGGGCCCCAGGUGAACCAGGUGAAAUGGGUGAACCAGGGCCUAAAGGAGAGAGAGGAUCUGAAGGUCCAAAAGGGAAGAAAGGAGCUUCUGGUCUAUCUGGGAAACCUGGGAUUCCUGGACUCAUGGGCCCACCAGGACGAAAAGGUGAGCCAGGAUACCAUGGAGCAGAAGGCAUCCUUGGAAAUUCUGGAAAAGUUGGGCUACCGGGAAGACCAGGGCUUCCUGGUAUCAAAGGCAACACUGGAAGAAUGGGAAUAGCUGGGUCUCCAGGAGCUCGAGGAAUAAAAGGCUCAUCAGGCAUGCCAGGAACCCCAGGAGUUCCAGGACCAAAGGGUGAGCAAGGGCUACCAGGUCAUCCUGGGAAGCCAGGUAAAAGAGGUUACCCAGGAGCACAAGGCAAUCAAGGACUACAUGGAGAUCAUGGGAUGAAAGGGCAGUCUGGGGACCAUGGUGACCAAGGUUUGAUGGGUUUCCAAGGAUUCCCAGGUCCAAAAGGGCCUGAAGGAGAUAUUGGCAUGGUUGGAAUUCUAGGCCCUAAAGGUCCUGUUGGCCAAAUUGGAAACACCGGCCCCCUUGGUAGAGAAGGCAUAAUAGGUCCAACAGGCAAAACUGGACCCAGAGGUGAAAAGGGCCAUAGAGGUGAAAUGGGUCCCCAAGGACCUAGAGGUCAUCCCGGACCACCUGGCCCACCAGGAGCACCAGGACCACGAAAACAAAUAGAUAUCAAUGCUGCUAUUCAAGCCUUGAUUGAAUCAAAUACUGCACUACAGAUGGAGAACUACCAGAAUACUGAAGUGACUUUACUGGACCACAGUGCAGAAAUAUUCAAAACCCUGCACUAUCUCAGUAAUUUACUACACAGCAUCAAGAACCCUCUUGGCACACGAGAUAACCCAGCUCGCAUCUGUAGAGAUUUGCUUAACUGUGAACGUAAAGUGACAAAUGGAAAAUACUGGAUUGAUCCAAAUCUUGGGUGCCCUUCUGAUGCCAUUGAGGUUUUCUGCAAUUUCAGUGCCGGUGGCCAAACGUGCUUAUCUCCUGUAUCUGUGACAAAGUUGGAGUUUGGAAUUGGGAAAGUCCAGAUGAACUUCCUUCAUUUGCUGAGCUCAGAAGCUACCCAUAUCAUCACUAUUCAUUGUCUGAACACACCAGUAUGGACAACUCAAAGGACUAAUGCCCCAAGAUCACCUAUCAGUUUCAAGGGAUGGAAUGGCCAGAUCUUUGAAGAAAACACGGUACUUGAACCAAAGGUGCUUACAGAUGAAUGCAAGAUUCAAGAUGGCAGCUGGCAUAAAGCAAAAUUCCUUUUUCACACUCAGGACCCUAAUCAACUCCCAGUGAUUGAAGUACAUAAACUUCCUCAUCUCAAAACAGGACAGAAACACUACAUUGAAAGCAGUUCUGUGUGCUUUCUCUAAGGACUCUGAAUCAGUUCAGGAUUCAAUCUGAUUGAUGGCCAGGGAAUUGUUGCAAAAGGGAAAAAAAAAUACAGAUGAAGACCAUCAUUACAAAAAUUUUGGGAAAUGUGUGAAACAAAGCAUUGGCUAUAGUUUAAGAAUCUCAGGAAGAAAAAAGACUUCCUCCUAAGAAGGAGAAAAGGCAUUUUUUUUAAAUAAAAGGACUAUGAUAUUGAUAAAUGAUAUUUAAUUUUUUAAGAAAUAUAUACUGAUCAAUGCUUUCUUGUAGAAUUCCCUGGGACUGAAAUUUAUAUCUGAUUAUGGAAUUCUUCAGGGUCUUGUGUUCUUAACCUAUUUGACAGCACUGUAAAAAUAAAUCCCCUACAGACAGCUGGAGACAUAUACUACCAUGGAGCAAUACUGGCUAAUGCUCCCUAAUGUGCAAUAGUUUCUGUCUGAGAAUAAAUUAAGUCACCGUUCAUUAAAUCUUAUUUUCCCCACCACUAAGCUGUAUUCUGGUCCCUAGAGGGCAUGUACAUCUUAGGCAAGGGUACACUACCUCUUAUGUGUUGCCUGUUUGUGUUGCAAGGUGCUCGUUCAAACCUAAGGUGCUUCUGGCUUUAGCAUCAAGCAUUUGGUUCCCACCAUUGUUGUUGUCAUUCUUUAAAGCUAUGUGUACUGGUUACAUCAAGAUAUGUUUUGGUUGUUAGUACUUAUUUUAAUUUGUUUGGUCACAUACUUUAAGAAAAAUGUUAUUUAUAUGAAAUCCUUGUUCUUAAAUUUUUUUUUUUUGUUAUGGAUGUGGACUAGACAUUAGCACGUUGUAUCUUGUGCAGGACAGUUUGGGGGAAUUUCUUCAUUUUGUUUUUAUUUUUAAAACCAUUGUAAAAAAUACUUCAGAACAGCUACAUACAGUAGUAGGUUUGGAUUUAUACUUUCUGAAUUAGAGUACUAUUUUAAACACCAUGAUCAUCUGAGAUGAUGCUUUGUAUAUAUGUUUUUGUAACUUUUGGAAAUUGUUAAUACAGCAUAUAUUUUGAGUUGCUGCUGUUUUAAAUUAUAACCACCAUAAAUAUUUUUGCAUCCUAGAAA